CACAAAGCAUUUACCGGUGACAAAUACGUCUGUACUACUGGCUAAUUGGUGUGGUAACAUUUUAUGUGUGUGACGUAACACCGUGUUCUUCACCCGAUACCAAUUUACCUGUUAGUACACCUGACCAGAGACUUGUGAUAUACAAGUCUCUGACCUGACCACACACCACACUGACAGAAGUAUUUACAACGAUGUCCUACAGCAGCAGAGAUUACUACGGUGACAAUUCGUCAACUGACGAAGACGAGAACAUCCGGUCACGUGCGGGAAGUCAUAUUAUCAAGAAUCGGGGACUACACGGCUGGACACAAUGGCGCUGCAACCUUAACGAUCAACUCAUCGACGUCAUGGCAACUCGCCAGAACUUCUUGCGUCAGCAGUCCAAAAGUUCAAACCUUCUAGUUAAUGGACGCUUCCUCGAGAGUAUGACGGAACCGGAAAUACUGAUGGAACGACGUCUGUCCGACUUUGUGCUGAGUCGAGCUGUCGAAGACAAGCGAGAGGAUGGGGACCGAUUGAUGUUGCAACCAGAGGCUUUCAUUAGUUUCGGAAUCCCCCGAGCACGUCUCCUGGGAACUGACGCCCGUCGGAGUCAGUCUUCCGGGCGGACGACACCAUCCGAUGAUACCUUUGAAUCCAGACCCCGUCGCUAUGUAACGUACAGCGACGAAUACUUGCUACACAGUUAGUUUCUGAAGAUUAUUGCGCGCGCAUUCCGGUGGUUAUACUGGAUUGACGCCUUCUGACGAUGAUAUGGGAUUAAAGACGUCUGAAAAUGAUAUUGGAUUGACGCCUUCUGACGAUGAUAUGGGAUUAAAGACGUCUGACGAUGAUAAUGGAUUGACGUCUUCUGACGAUGAUACUGGAUUGGCACCCUAUGAUUAUGAUACUGGAUUGACGCCUUCUGACGAUGAUACUGGAUUGACGCCUUCUGAUGAUUUAUUGUAUUUGUAAUUUCUGACGGAAAUGCUGAAUUGAUGCAUUCGAAAGUGUUUUUUUUUUCAAUUGACACCAAUUGAAAUUAUUUUGGAUUGUUUGUAGUUUACUAGAUUUUUCCUAUGUUGAGAUUUCUGUUCUAGAAUAAUACUGUUUCUGUUUCUUAUUUGAUUGUGUACAUUGUAUACUUUGACAGUUUAUCUCAACUCAUUCACACCUGAUCCGAAAAAAAACAAGAUGAACUUGUUUCUACACUGAGACUAUUGAAAAGUGAUCAAUGUUUUGACAUUGCAAGUUGCCAAAUAAUGUUGAUUAAAAUUGCAUGUAAAGUAAAUAGAGCGGUGGUCACACGGAAAGAACGGUGACUACACGGACAUAGCAAUGAUCACACGGAAAUAAUGGUUGCCACACGGACAGUCCGUGAGUCCCACAGUUUAUGUUAGAGUCUUGUCUCUUGUCAGGGGAGACUAAAUCCUGUUCGCACGUCAUAUUUGUAUAUACAUAUAUAUAUUUCAUUGUUUUAUUGUUGUUUAGAUUGUUUCAUGUUCGUAUUAAAGAGUUUAUUAAUUACUUUUAUGAAUUAAAAUAUUUGGAUGUUUCAAUAAAAUUAUCAAACAAU